UUUUGAAUCAGUCAAAUCCGACGGGGUUUCCAUAAUCAAACUGGGCAUUCGUACAAAGUAUUCUUGAAAAAAUGAUGGCCACUUGGUAUUGCAUUUUGAGUGUGUUAAUAUAUUUUCAAGAUACUACAGCAACUCUAGUUCCAGUUUCUGUGCAGUAUGCCCCCAAAUGUGAAGGUCUCCGAUGCCACGAACAGCCCCAAUACAAGGUAUUGCAAUCUCAAUACUUACUUCAGCCACAACUUCAUCAGGGUAUUCAACAAGCAGAAUAUCAGCAUCCGAUAGUCCAAGAGAAACCUUACCCAAAAUGCCCCUUAGGUCACUUAAUCGGAACCAACCAGGCGUAUGAGAUCAAUGAUCAACAAAAACUCCUUCAAAGUGUGCAACACCUACACGCUCUCCUGCAGUAUCAGAACCAGGAACAAAAACAACAGGAAUAUCAAGCUUCUUAUAAUCAGUUGAAGAAAGCUGAGCAGCAAAAGUAUCAAGCUACUUAUCAACAGUCCAACGACGCUUACCAACAGAAAAAUUACCAAGCUUCAUUUGAAGGAUUGAACAAUGCUUACCAACAGAAAAAUUACCAAGCUUCAUUCGAAGGAUUGAACAAUGCUUAUCAACAGAAAAAUUACCAAGCUUCAUACGAAGGAUUGAAUAAUGCCUACCAACAGAAAGAUUACCAAGUCUUAUAUCAAGGGUUGAACAAAGGUUUCCAGCAGAAAGGCAUUGAAGCUUCAUACCAGAAUGUUAACAAUGGAUAUCUGCCUCCCCAAAUUCCCCAACAACUAAUUUCUAAUGACAUAUACAAAACUGCCUACCAAUCCUCGCAAAAAGAGUCGCAAAACUCACUUUCUCAAUCUCAAAUUCACCAAGAAAUCUUAUCAAACACCAAUAUUCAAAAGGGAUACGAAUCAUUACGCCAAAAGUUCAACAAUGCACAACUGUCAUCUCAAAUCCAACAACAGCAACUGCUGAAUGCUAAUAUCCAACAAAACGAGCACGUCAAGAGUGAACUGAGUCAAGAACACCACGGAAAAAUCAAGCAAACGAUCAAUUACGACAUCAGUCAUCAGCACCAAGGCUUGAAUCAACACCAGAGCCACUUGAACGUGUACAACGAUGCCAAAUCGUCUACCAACAUUGAGAGACACCUCGACACACACCAUCAUGAGGACGGAAAUGAUGGAAAUUCGGAAGAAAUUGACUACGAAACGGGUAAGAAGAAGAAGGAUCACGAUGCCUAUUACAAAUUUGAGUACGGUGUUAACGACCAACAUACUGGCGACAUCAAAAACCAUAAGGAAGAAAGGGCUGGCGAUGAAGUGAGAGGAGAAUAUUCCUUGGUCGAAAAAGAUGGCAAUGUCAGAACCGUGAAAUAUUUUGCUGAUUGGAAAACUGGCUUCCACGCCACUGUCCAUAACUCCAAGUCUAGAAAUUAGGUUGACUCUGCCAUACUUCGCCAUCGAGAGUACCUUCAAUUAUGUGAUUCUGUUUAGUCAUAGGUAAUAAUUUGUUUUUGUUGAAGGUGAUGACAAUAAUCUUAACUUUUUCAUUAUUUCCUGGAGAUCUUUCUAAUACAUUUUAGAGUUGGACUUUCAGAUUUUGGUUGUCAUCAUCUUUUGUUUUGCCAUAUUAAUUGUACAUAACUUGUACCUUUUUAUUUUGAAAAUAUAUUUU